CCCUUACAGCGGCAAAAAUGGCCGGCCUACAAGUGUGUUUGUACGGUUCUUGAAGCCCAAGUAAACCUAAACUUAUUGUCACAAUGUCUAUAGACCGAUAAAUUAUCAUCCCGUGAUUUGCAAAAACGACCGAUUAACGUUGUAGUAUUUCUGAUUGUCAGCAAAACAGUAUGACGUCCAUUAUCAAGUUGACGGCCCUGUCGGGGGUCCAGGAGGAAUCUGCACUCUGUUACCUAUUACAGGUGGAUGAGUUUCGCUUCCUGCUGGACUGCGGAUGGGACGAGACCUUUUCCAUGGAGAUCAUUGAAACUUUGAAGAGAUAUGUCCACCAGGUGGAUGCUGUGCUUUUGUCCCAUCCCGAUCCACUCCAUUUAGGGGCUUUGCCAUACGCUGUGGGCAAGCUCGGCCUCAACUGCACCAUCUAUGCCACCAUCCCAGUCUACAAGAUGGGUCAGAUGUUCAUGUAUGACCUUUAUCAGUCACGUCACAACACGGAGGACUUUUCGCUCUUCACGCUGGAUGACGUGGACUCAGCGUUUGACAAAAUCCAGCAGCUGAAGUACUCGCAGAUCGUCAAUCUGAAGGGGAAGGGCCACGGCUUGUCCAUCACCCCACUGCCGGCCGGACACAUGAUUGGUGGAACCAUCUGGAAGAUUGUGAAGGAUGGAGAAGAGGAGAUUGUGUAUGCUGUGGAUUUUAACCACAAGAGAGAGAUUCAUCUGAAUGGCUGCUCGUUGGAGAUGGUGAGCCGUCCCUCUCUGCUCAUCACCGACUCCUUCAACGCUGCCUAUGUACAGCCACGACGCAAACAGCGGGACGAGCAGCUCCUCACCAUCGUUAUGGGAACGCUCCGCGCUGACGGUAACGUGCUGAUCGCUGUGGAUACGGCCGGACGGGUGCUGGAACUGGCCCAGUUGCUGGACCAAAUCUGGAGGACCAAAGACUCGGGCCUUGGGGUCUACUCCCUCGCCCUGCUCAACAACGUCAGCUACAACGUGGUGGAGUUCUCCAAGUCCCAGGUGGAGUGGAUGAGCGACAAGCUGAUGCGCUGCUUCGAGGACAAGCGCAACAACCCGUUCCAGUUCCGCCACCUCUCGCUGUGCCACAGCCUGGCCGACCUGGCGCGCGUGCCCAGCCCCAAGGUGGUGCUGUGCAGCCAGCCGGACCUGGAGUCGGGCUUCUCGCGCGAGCUCUUCAUCCAGUGGUGCACGGACGCCAAGAACUCCAUCAUCUUGACCUACCGUACCUCACCAGGCACGCUGGCCCGCUACCUCAUUGACAACCCCGGGGAGAAAAUGAUGGACCUGGAGGUGAGGAAGCGUACUAAGCUGGAGGGGAAGGAGCUGGAGGAGUAUGUGGAGAAAGAGAAGAUGAAGAAAGAGGCGGCCAAAAAGAUCGAGCAGGCCAAAGAGGUGGAUGUGGACUCGAGCGACGAGAGUGACCUGGAGGACGACCUGGAGCAGCCGGCGGUGGUGAAGAGCAAGCACCACGACCUGAUGAUGAAGGGGGAGGGCGGCCGCAAGGGCAGCUUCUUCAAGCAGGCCAAGAAGUCCUACCCCAUGUUCCCCACGCACGAGGAGCGCAUCAAGUGGGACGAGUACGGCGAGAUCAUCCGGCCUGAGGAGUUCCUUGUGCCGGAGCUGCAGGCCACAGAGGAGGAGAAGAGUAAGCUGGACAUGGGCAUGUCCAACGGGGACGAGCCCAUGGACCAGGACCUGUCCGACGUGCCCACCAAGUGCACCUCCAGCAUGGAGACCCUGGAGAUCAAAGCGCGUGUGACUUACAUCGACUACGAAGGUCGCUCAGACGGCGACUCGAUCAAGAAGAUCAUCAACCAGAUGAAGCCGCGGCAGCUGGUGAUCGUCAACGGGCCGCCGGAUGCCAGCCAGGACCUGGCCGAGUCGUGCAAGGCCUUCAGCGGCAAGGACAUCAAGGUGUACACGCCCAAGCAGCAUGAGACGGUGGACGCCACCAGCGAGACACACAUCUACCAGGUGCGUCUCAAGGACUCCCUGGUGAGCUCGCUACAGUUCUGCCGUGCGCGCGACACGGAGCUGGCCUGGGUGGACGGCGUGCUGGACAUGCGCGUGGCGCAGGUGGACACGGGCGUGCUGCCCGAGGAGAAGGAGAAAGGCGGAGGAGCGGGAGCGGAGGACGGCAUGGAGGACGGCGAGCUGGUUGCCAUGGAGACGGAGGCCGAGGCGGCUCAGCAGCGCGCCAUGAAGUCGCUGUUCAGCAGGGGGACAGCGGAGGCCGGAGAGGAGGCACGCCAUCCAUCAUCUGGAGCCCCACUGCCAGCUGGGCAGAUCCCUGGGCACCAGUCGGUGUUCAUCAACGAGCCGCGCCUCUCCGACUUCAAGCAGGUGCUGCUUAGGGAGGGCAUCCAGGCUGAGUUUGUGGGAGGCGUGCUGGUCUGCAACAACCUAGUGGCCGUCAGAAGGACGGAGGCUGGUCGGAUCUGUUUGGAAGGCCUUCAGUGUGAAGACUACUAUAAGAUCCGGGAGCUGCUGUAUCAGCAGUAUGCUGUGGUGUAGCAGGACUGGCAGCAUAGGACCCCCGUAUUCUAACACCCCUUGCACACACACACGCACGCACACACACACAGACAGACAAACACACAAAUCUACAAUUACCCCUUCAUAUGCAAAUGGACACACAAUUACACAAAUGCACUCAAAAACACAUGCUCCUAGUCAUGCACACGCACACAUAGACAUGCAUAUGGACUCCAACAUAGACACAUCAGUACAAUACUAAAACACACUCUCACACACACACACACACACACACACACAAAGCUCUCCAUGGCUGUAGGCAAGUACAGCUGUUCCUGCAUCUAUGCCAUGUGAGAGGUGUCUUUGUUUUGGAACGGUGUGUGUCUGUGUGUUGGGGGAAGGGAGGGGGGUGUUUUUGUUAUUUCCUUUCUUCUGUAUUUUUGGACAUUUCCCCAGCAGCACAAGGCAGAUGCUCUAUGGACUGACCCCUCUCAGUUGAGGCUGCAGAAAUGAAGGCCUAUGAGAAAGACUUCCUGAUGUACGCAUCACUUCCUCUGAACUCUGAACUAGCUCUGGUCAAGUGCAAAAAAUGGGGACCACGAUGACAAUGGUUUUAUUUUUGAUUACAUAAAAACUGUCUUCUGUUUUGGA